GAAGCGGAAAGGUGGCCGAUGAUGAGCUGAGUCGACGUCUCAGGUCUGCGGUCCAAAGAUAUAAAUUGGUCAGCCCCGGCGCGGUGGUCAGCUCAUUAUUUAUCUUAUUUACAUGGAUCUGAAGUGAAAGGUGUCCCCGCCCAUCUGAUACCCCUCUAUUCCAUCGUGAGAUAAGCAGCUCCUUGGAAGCUAAAUAAGUAUUUUUUUAUUUUAUUACGAGUAAAGUUGGAGGGUGCUGUUAGUGUUAUUGUUGGCGAUGGCGCUCGGCCUCGGUAAUGUAUUAAACUUAUAUGCCUCUACAUGGGUCUUCAUGCUCGCCGAAACUCUGGCUGAGCUGUGACCUCGAAUUUAGUAGAAAUGCAGUGCUAUGCAGUUAUAGUUGAGCUGCGUGAGCAGUCCGCUGAUGAGUGAUACUGAUACUAGACACUACACACAUUCCUUUCGUGUUCUGUUAAUCACUUCUUAAUGUAAUAAUGGAUUAGAAAGAGAGAUAGCAUGUUCUGAUCUGAAUGAUCUGCUUUGAAAACGUAGGCAGCUGGCAGCCGUCUGUUUCGAGGAGUUUUUUAACAUUUAAAUUUUAAAAAAUUAUCCUCGACUAUAGUCUAGACAGUCUUACACAGACGGCUCGCGAUCGUGUACCUCAGGCGAAGUUCGUGCAGGCUCCACUCCACUUCACUACCGCUACACUACGCUCCACCUACCCGAACAUCGGGACAGUGAACUAGAUCGGAUAUUCCGAGUCAUAAAAGAUGAGUGAGCAUAGCAUGUGAAUACCCUCACCAAAAUAUGGUCCUAUUCAUCAACAUCAACGUGGGUCAAAGGGUAGAGGUCAUCUAUAAGGGUGAAGUUCUUGAGGGGAUGGUGAAGUAUAAAGGAGGUCUGACCAAUACUACGGGAGACUGGGUGGGAAUCGAGCUCGAUGAACCAGUUGGUAAACACAAUGGUUUAUACAAAGGGAGGCAGUACUUCAGCUGCAAAAAUAAACAUGGUAUUUUCAUUCAUCCAUCUAGAAUAAGAUUCACUUUUACUAAGAGAGGUCUAUUUGAUACUUACAAGUCAGUAAGCCCAGAGUCAUCAGUCGAAGACACACUGUUUACAACACAGAAGCCCAAGGUGUUGGAUUACUUUGACGGGAGAUCAGUGGCUGAAUCAUACUUGAAUACAGCAAGAAGUGGAUUUGAAGAUGAUUCAGAUAUGUGGUUUGCAGGCAAGUCGGGUAGACUCCAUUCAAGGAGCUACAGCGAGUCAUCCACCCCAACCUAUAACCUAGGUCAUCCCAUUGGAGGCCGGGCGAAGCUCAAGAAAGAUGCAAACGAUGAACGGGAUGAGCGUCUAAGGAUACGUCCAAAGUCCGCUCUUGGGUCGACGACGCCAAAUCUAUCGGCAAGAAGCCUGAAUUACUCGAUGCUUGGCCAUACUAGGCCCAUGUCAGGGAGACUGAGUGCCUCGUUUGAUAAAGAGACUGGAAGGGCUUCUGUUCUUGGGAGGUCCUUCGGUGGUGAGGAAGACGUGCCUUUCAUCUCGACCCCGUCCAUUCCGAAAACCCACUUGCCGCACACGGCGCUGAGGAAGCAGGAGGUCAUCGGAUGGGGUCUGACGCAUAGACCAAGAGAGUGGACAUUGUAGUCUGAUCUAAAGCCAUCUUUUUGUGAUGCCAUAACUGCGAUGUCUGCAUGUCCGAUCAGAUACAGAACUAUGUCCUGGGCCCCGUAAUACAAAGGUUAGCGAUUAAUCGAUAAUUUGAAAGAAGAAUUCUGAUUUGUUCCUCGUCUGUCUGCUGAGCAAACUGCGCAUGCAACAAGUCUAGAUGGGCCAUUUCAUUUUGAGAUUUGUCUUUAACCUUUGUGUAACGGGGCCCUCGUCGCAUUAGCAUCACUUCAGAAACUUUUUCACCGUAUACAUGGAUAUGCUGUAGUAUAUGCAUGAAUAGGAGAGUUUUGCAGAUGAGCAAGUCUUUAAUAGGGUGACUUGACAUAUCUGCCAAGGAGAGGCUGGGACACGUCAGUUGCAGGAUCACCAAUAGAGGGCCAAGUAUACAAAUCUCCAGUCGGAUUAGUCCAUACAGUGCAUCUCAGAAAAGAAAUGAGAUUACAAUUAUUUUUUGCAUGGAAUCAAAUCAAAUUAAAAUUAAUUGAUAUACAAAAUUAUUAAGUUCAGGUUUUCCUCUUUAUUUUGAUACUCUAUUUCCUAAAGAGCUAAAGCAUGGAUGAGCAGGAAGAUUGAUAAAAGAUU